CGUGCAUCUCGUAAUUCAUCCUAUCAAUAUCCCUCACGAUAUAGGGACAUGAGAGUGGAGGUUUUGCUGAUUCGCGUAUCGAGGUGCAGAAACACAAUGUUACAGUGAACCCAACGUCCGUUUUCCUCCAUGCAUUAAACUAAACGUGCAAUGGUAACAUCGCCUGUGGGAAACUUCAGGAACAGGAACGGAGUCUUAGUGCGGAACGAGACCGAGACCUUAUUAGCGCUGAGAUGAUGGGUCGAAACGUGGUCUGAUGCUGAUCAAAUAGUCUUUCACCUGCGCAAUCAAUCAAUCAAUCACUGACUCGGGGUUGACACCUGCUGCAAGAUCCCGCUGCCAUUCAACGGCUGGCGUCAGAGUUUAGAACCCGCCCUUUGCUGCUUUUGCUUUUCUGGAAGGACUCGAUAUUAUUCUGACAGCUCGGAAAAAGAUGAGCAAUCACUUUUGGGAUAAGGGCCAUCGUUGGGCUGUGGAGGUGUAAAGCUGAGGUGCACGUGACCUCGCAUUGGGGCGCGUCACCUUCCCAGCUACUGCUCGCGUCUCACUGAAACAGCCCGCGUAAAGCACAUUCAUCCACACCUAAUUAGGCCACACGUCACAGCUCGAUUGUGUCACACAAAUUGUAAGCUGUACAAGAUGCCCGAGUUCACCGAGGCGGAUACCAUUCGUAUCCUCGUUGCGACCGACAAUCAUGUCGGUUAUGAAGAGCGAGACCCGAUUCGUAGAGAUGACAGUUGGAGAACUUUCGAUGAGAUUUUGAACCUCGCCCGGACUGAAGAUGUCGAUAUGGUUCUCCUCGCUGGCGAUCUCUUUCACGACAACAAACCCUCCCGAAAGUCCCUGUACCAAGUCAUGCGUACACUCCGACAAAACUGCCUGGGCAUGAAACCUUGUCCUCUCGAAUUCCUCUCCGAUGCUGCGUCUGUCUUUGAAGGUGCAUUCACGCAUGUCAACUACGAAGAUCCCGACAUCAACAUUUCCAUUCCUGUCUUUUCGAUCCAUGGCAAUCAUGAUGAUCCUUCCGGUGAAGGUAACUACUGUUCGCUUGAUCUUUUACAAGCGAGCGGGCUACUCAAUUACUACGGGCGUGUCCCCGAGGCAGACAACAUCGAGGUCAAGCCGAUUCUGCUACAGAAGGGUCUUACAAAGCUUGCCCUGUUUGGGUUGAGCAAUGUUCGAGAUGAGCGCAUGUUCCGUACCUUCCGGGAUCAUAAAGUCAAGUGGUUUCGGCCUGAAACCCAGAUGGCUGACUGGUUUAACUUGUUGGCUGUUCACCAAAAUCACCAUGCCCAUACAGCCACAUCCUACCUCCCCGAGAAUGUCUUGCCUGACUGGUUGGAUCUUGUAGUCUGGGGUCACGAGCACGAGUGUUUGAUCGACCCUACACAGAACCCCGAAACAGGCUUUCACGUCAUGCAGCCCGGCUCAUCUGUCGCAACUUCACUGGUGCCCGGUGAGGCGGUUCAGAAGCACGUUGCUAUUGUGAGCGUGACCGGCAAAGACUUCAAGGUCGACAAGCUUCCUCUCAAGAGUGUGCGUCCCUUUGUCACACGGGAAGUCAUCCUUGCGCAGGACAAGCGCUUCAAAGGACUUGACAAGAAGAAGGAUAAUCGCCAGGAAGUCACACGAAGACUGAUGGAGGUGGUUGAGGAGAUGAUCGAGGAGGCCAAUGCGGAUUGGGAGGCCAUCCAGACAGACGAAGAGGCUCUAGAAGAACGACCUCUUCCGCUAAUUCGUCUGAAAGUGGAGUACACAGCCACGGAAGGUGGCCAGUUUGAGGUUGAGAAUCCCCAGAGGUUCUCAAAUCGAUUUGUUGGUAAGGUGGCCAACACGAAUGAUGUUGUCUACUUUUACCGCAGAAAGACGUCACAGCGCAAGGCGAAUGCUGCCAACCCAACAGACGCUCUUGAGGCACUCGAUGGUGCUGAUGACAUGGUCAAGGUGGAGAAUCUGGUGCAAGACUUUCUGUCGGCGCAAUCACUCAAGGUCCUUCCUCAAGGACCUUUUGGUGAUGCUGUGACUCAAUUCGUGACAAAGGAUGACAAGCACGCGAUGGAGCUGUUUGUUUCAGAGCACCUAACGGGACAAGUCCGAUCCAUGCUGGGCUUGGAGUCGGACGACGAAGACCUCAACAGUGCCAUGGAUAUCUACCGAACAAGGAUCGAGCAGCAGCAAGCUAGCGGCAUGCAGACAGCACGAGCGGAGAGGAAGCGAGUUCUCAAGCCAAAGCCAGCGACCUGGGACAGUGACUUUGAUGGUAGCUGGGAGAAUGAGCCAGAUGCCUGGACAUAUGAGGAUGAACAGGCCGAGACCUCUUCACGCGCAUCUGCACCCGCACCCGCGCCAGCACGCAAGACUACACGUGGACGAGCCAAGGCAACACAGCAAGACGAUGACAUGGACUUGAUGGACGACGAUGAGCCGCUCCCUGCACCUGCGAAGAAACCAGCAGCCAAACGAGCAACACGCGCCACAAAAGCAGCACCAGCCAAAAAGGCCCCGGCAAAGGGACGAGGCCGCAAGGCAUUUGAAGACAGUGAAGACGAGGAAGAAGACGUGAUUAUGGAAUCAGAAGAAGAACCCGCACCUCCUCCACCAAAGACGCGACGAACCGCUGCGAAGAGCACCGCCAAGACACCGGCGACUCGAGGAGCGGGUAAGAAUACACGGCAGACAAAGUUGAACUUUUCACAGUCGCAGAAGGGCGGUACGCAGAGUAAGGCUGUUGAGAUUAGCGAUGAUGAGAUUUCGGAUGAUGAUGCGUUUGAGCCGGCGCCUGCGACGACACGAAGUACGAGGAGGAGAUAGAGCUGUGUGGAAGAAUACCCUGGGCAUGUAAGAAAAAUAUAAAGAGUUAUGAUGAAUUGAGCAAACUGUCACAGCUACAGAAAACGAAACUUGGUAUAGACUAUUCUGCAUGGUUUGAUAACGACUUACAAGGCCUGCGAUAUCCACCGGGCAACAACCGUCUUCCAAGAUGGCGAUCCUCACCUUGAUGGCAUUUACAGUGUAU